AGUGAUUGACGUCCUCUCCGAACCAGUGCUCAUGCAAUGGCUUCUGAUGGUCACUUUUUGAAACGCCACAUAUGUACACUCAUACAGAAUAUCACUAUGGUAAUGCCGGCACUGGAUGAAAUGCGACAAGCCAAGCUUCUAACUGAUGAACAGUAUGACCUUGUGGCAAGCAAAGAAACAACUCAGGGUCAGAUGCGAGAGAUAUACAGGCAUAUGAAAGAUUGGUCUCACUGUGCAAUGGACAAUGUCUAUGAAUGCCUCAAAAAGACAAACCCGGUAGUUGUGGCCAAUGCAGAGGGAAGACCACUACCAGUAAUGGCUUCUGAUGGACUGAGAGAAAAGCUGAAUAUCUUGGACAUCAAUAGAGAUCCUGUAACAAUAACACACGGAUACAGCUGCCGAGAGAAUGUGUUGUAUGAGCAGGGCAUGUUGGAGGCUUACACCAGUCCUAAAUAUAGAACAGAGUUUGAGGUGAAAGCCAGUAACCCAGCAGAGGGCUUUCCUUGUACGUAUGCAGAGUCUGGAGUAUUUUGUACUAACUGUAAGCAUGUACCCGCUGAUGAGCCAUGCAUGAGUAAUGAAGCUUCCCUAUGUGAUAAACACCUGAGAGUACAUAGUAUGUCAGCUGAACAGAUAUUAUGUGAACCCAUCAUUUCCAUGGAGAACAGAAAAUACCAAGACCACAAGAAGAUGGAGGAUGCUUCUUCUAGCUGUAUCCGCAGGCUGGAGAGAGAUUAUAAUCAAGAGGAGGCUUUGAUUAGAGCCUCUGUGAUGAAGAAGAGGAAACUCAGAAAUAUUUUGGAGAAACUGCUAUCAGAGAGAGAAGACACUAAGAAAAAAGCCCAGUGUAUGUGGGACUAUGAGAGAGGAGUGGAAAAAAAAGUAGCUGAUAUAAUAAGGAGAGUCACCGUCCUAUUUGGAGACGUCAGGAGAAAGCUGGAAGUCCUAGAGAAUAGAAUCUUGAGUGAGGUCUCCAGGCAAAAAGAGCAGGUUUCACUCAAUGUCUCUGAUCUGAUCCAGCAGCUGGAUAUAAAGAUGGACGAGCUGUCCAGGAAGAUGUGUUACAUUGAGCAGCUGUGUAAUGUGACUGAUCCACUAAUAGUCUUAAAAGAACAUGAAUCAGGGAAAGAUAGCUUUUCUGAUACUGAGGAGGUGGAAAGUGAUAAUAUACAGACCCAUGAUGUAGGUCACCUGGAUGAGGGGCUGAUCUCAGCAACAUUCCACACAGGUUUAUCUGAUAUCAUCACAGGUAUAAAAAGAGGGAUCUAUAUGCAAGAACUUACAGAUGUAGUACUGGAUGUAGACACAGCUGAAAAUCACAUACUUAUAUCAGAUGAUUUAAAAACUGCAUCCUGGUCACAAACAAACUUAAACCGCCCAGAAGUCCCAGAGAGGUUUAAUUAUUCUCAGGUUUUAACUACUAGUGGUUUUUCCUCGGUAAUACAUUACUGGGAAGUAGAGACUAGUGAAACAGGAGCCUGGAGGAUAGGAAUGUCCUAUUCCAGUGUAGGCAGGAAAGGAGAACAGGCAUCCAUUGGGAAUAAUGAUAAAUCCUGGUGCUUGUGUAAGUGGCUUUAUAAUAUGCAAUAUGCAGUGUUACAUAACAGGGAAGCUAUUGAGUUAGAUCACAAUAUUUCCUGUAGGAGAUUUGGUAUAUAUUUGGAUUAUGCGGCUGGGCGGCUGUCCUUUUAUGGGCUCUGUAACCCGACCAGGCACUUACACACUUUCACUACUACCUUCACUGAGCCUCUGUAUGCAGCUAUCUAUGUAUGGGAUAGGGAGUGUGAUAAAGAUUGCUGGGUGAGAAUCAGGAGCUAUGAAAAAUAAUCAUAUAGUAUCAUUAUAUGCUGGUUGACAGUUGGUAGCUAUCACCUAUGGUCAGGGGCGUAGCCAGAACUUUGUGGGCCCCAUAGCAACAUUUUGAAGGUCUCUGUCCUAAUAUUUUUGGAGAUACACCUCUUCGCAUCAGUUGUUAAUUAUAUGCCCCAUAAUAUUGCCCUAGUUCAUCUCCUAUACCACUGUAGUGCCCUAGAUUAUUUUAUGAACCAUAGUAGUGACCUAGUUCAUUUACUAUAUCAUAGUAGUGCCCUAGUUCAUAUUAUUCCACAUUGCAGGGCUGCCCGUAUUCAUUAUGCAACACAGUACCUCCAAAUCACAUGAAGACAUAUAGCGUCUCCAGUUCAUAUUAUGCCACAUUCAGGGAUAGACAGGGGCUCUAAAACAGCCUUUGCAUAUUACUCUGCGCACACAAGGGGGUGUGGUUACGGCUCACAGGGGCAUGGCCUUACAGCACACCCCAUCUCUCCGUAUGCCGGGCAGCCAAGCAGAACGCCAGGUGGCCAUGCAGAACGCCGGGAGGCAGAGACGCUCGGCCAGCCUGUCUCUGUGUGCCACCAGUCCAUAUUAUGCCACACUAUAGUGCCCGAGUUUGUAUUAUGUAACAUUAUAAUGCCCUCCAGUUCAUAUUAUACCACUUAACAAUGAGCAGGUCCAGGGGCGUAACUAGAUAUAGGCCUCAAGGCAAAAAUUUGUAAGGGCCUCUAUGUAUCACCCAAGGGUAAAAAAUGUAUAUACUACAUGUAACUUUGAUGAAUAAUGUGGGCUCCUUAUCAGCUGCACUCCCUGUAGCUAUGCCCUUGCCUUUGGUACUGUAGCACAUCAAGGAUACAAUAUCCAGUUAGAAUGUCAACAUGCUGACAUUUAAAAUAAAAUAACAAAAUAAACCGUGAAGUCCCAAGGCACUCCAAAAAACAAGCAGCCACUUGAUGAAAGGUGUCACUAUGGCACAACUGUGUGUAAAACCUUCUUAAUAUAAAACAACAAGUCUAGGCGCUCAGUUUCCUCCAAACAUAGAUAAAAUUAGAUUUAUGGUAAGAACUUACCGUUGUUAAAUCUCUUUCUGCGUGGUACACUGGGCUCCACAAGGAUUCACAUCGGGGUGUAGAGUAGGAUCUUGAUC